ACAACCUGUUGCUCUCUUUGUUGCGGAAGUAGAUAGAAGAGACGACAGAUUUCUCCGUUUUCUGUUAAUUUAAGCACUCCAUUUUGCCAGGAACCGCUGUAGACGAUAUGGUGAAGCUCACUGCUAAACUAGUGCUAGCCCGGGCCAGGGCACCAGACCUAGAAAGUGUCAAAAAGUUAAACUGUUGGGGCAAUGAGCUGACUGAUGUGUCAGUUUUUCGUCAGAUGCCCAACAUUGAAGUUAUAAGUUUGAGUGUGAACAACAUAACGACACUACAAGACUUCAGAUACUGCCAGAACCUGCAGGAACUGUAUGUGCGGAAGAACUGCAUCGCUGAGCUGUCGGAAAUAUGCUACCUCAAGAACCUGCCAAAGUUACGAGUGCUGUGGUUGGCUGACAACCCCUGCGAAACAGCUGAUCAUGACAAAUAUAGGAUGACGGUUCUCAAAACUCUGCCAAAUCUACAGAAGCUGGACAACACUAUUGUAACCCCAGAAGACGUGAACAGAGCUAUCGAGGCUGGGGAUGACCUAAAGUUGCCUGAGAAGAAGGAGGUUAUGUUAGAGAACGGAGGCGGGCGCUCCACCAGCCCUGCUGACCAGGACCCUGAUCCACAGCAGUCUGCCAUCGCUGUCACACUGGAGGAGACCAAUAAAAUCCGGGAGCAGCUUGGUCUGAAGCCCCUCCCAGCUGAGAAGUACACUCCUAUCCAGACUAGAGCUUCACCUUCAACUAGCAAACACAGGAAUGCUAACAUCCUGAGUGCAGUCCUGGCCCUGGUGAAGGAGCUGGACCAUGAGAGUCUGGAAACUGUGCAGCAUGCAGUGAAGAACAGACUCGACUCUUUCUGAAGCAAUGGGAUACUAGGAACAAGUGCUCAACAAAACAGCUACUCAAGCAACUGGAUAGAUUUUGAAGUCUUCUUCUUCUCUUUAAUGCCCAACAUCCACUGUAGCAUCCACUACUCUUUUCAGGGACUGCUAAAAUGUACUUGAAAGUAGUGGAUGUCACUUGAAAUGUCUGACACAGUAACUGUUUUCUUGUGUUAUGUCUGGAAAAUGGAUGGACAGGUUCAAAUGAAA